UGGAGGCGUAGAAAAGUUAGCUGCGCCCCAAAGCAGCUCGAGAUAGGGCGCCAUUAUGAAGCGGGAAAGAACAUGCUCUCGUUCUCGCAAACCAAACCGUUUCAAAUCAAAGUAACCACCCAAAACAACACAUAACCCUUCGCCAAACACAAUGGUGAACUUAGUUUUUGUUGUCGAUACCUCUGCUUCUAUGAAUCAGAGAACUUCCCUCGGUACGACUUUGCUAGAUGUCGCCAAAAAUGCCGUGGAAACUUUUAUUAAGAUUCGACAACGAGAUCAGGCGAGUCGAACUGAUCGUUUAAUGCUGGUGACGUUAGAUGAACCGCCUCGCUCCGUCAAGGUUGGUUGGAAUGGAUCCCAACCUAUGUUUUAUAAUGAGCUUCGCAACCUUCAAGCUACUGGACUAUCAACUCUUGGGUCAGCUCUCAAGGAUAGCUUUGACUUGUUAAACCUUUACCGGCUCACUUCUGGGAUUGAUAAUUAUGGGAUGGGUCGGAAACCAUUUUAUUUAGAUCCAGCGAUUGUAGUUUGUAUAACAGAUGGUAGUAGUCUUGUGUCAAAGAGUGAGGUUGAAAAAGAGCUUCAUCUGCCCAUGCAUAGCAACUUACCAGGAAGUGACCUUACAAAAGAACCUUUCCGAUGGGACCAGAGAUUAUUUGGUUUAGUUUUAAGAAUGGCUGGAUGCCGAGGAGGACCACAGACAAAGGGAGCUAAUGCUAUGUUAAGCACUGAACCCGCUCUUGCAGCCAUGUGUGAAGUUACUGGAGGAAAGUGCUACAAGGCAUCAUCAUCAAAGUCUUUAGGUCAAGCCUUGGAAUCUAUCGUACAGAAGAUCCAAUGUGGUAUUGUCGUUAACUUUGAGAAGAUCGGAGGUCCAGAUCCAUCACCACCGAUCCCAGCUGAAGGUCCAAAAAAUAAUAUAUUAAGAGAAACAGACUCACCCACUCCUCCUCCGAUUAUCGAUGGUCAUAAUCAUAUUGGAAACAAUGUAGAUGCUUCAGGAGAACAGAUGAGAAAUAGACAAGUGAAUUCUGAAAACCAUCAACCAAUCAAAACAGAAGGACUAUCAACAAGUGGAACAGUUACUCCAUCUUUGACCCCUCGUGGUGACUCCUUGGCUGCCCCUCCUGUUGUGAAUGGCCUUGCAGAGGAAGGCUUAAUAUCUAAUGGAAUAUCAAGAUCUGCUACUGCUUCUCCGAUACCUCAGAUUUCUCAGCCUGCUUCGUGGACAAGCUGUUGUAAAAUGAUCUACAUCAAAGCAAAUAUGGAGAAGGAUAGCUUACCAACAGGUUAUUGGCCGAUUCCUGAGACAUUUUGGCCAGAUCCUGCAAUGCCAAAACUYGCUCCAAGAGAUGCACAGCCUAAAAUUUUGUUCAACUGUGAAGAUUCAGAACCACAAGUUCUAGAAAAUUUUCCCUUUGAUAAGUACGAACUGGAACCAUCACCUCUAACACAGUAUAUCUUAGAGAGAAAGUCACCUUCAACAUGUUGGCAGACAUUUAUUUACAACAGUGGAAGAAAGAAUGGAGAGGUUGGUUCAUUAGGUUGUACAUUUGGAUAUCUUAAAGCCAGCACAAACUUACAAGCUGUCAAUCUCUUUGUAAUGCCCUACAACUACCCAGUACUUUUCCCUCUUCUUGAUGAACUUGUAAAAUUACACAAGAUCAAACCAGUGCCAAAGUGGAAGCAGGCAUUUGAUGCAUACCUGUUGACUGUGCCAAGUUAUUAUGCUGCACCGCUGCGUAAUGCAUUCAAGAGAAUGGGAAUACCAACUUCUUUGAUCCCUGAUCACAUGGAUGGAGCACUCAGUUUUCAGAUUAUUAAUUACCUGAAGAGUGUCAAGCAAAAGAGUAAAAUAGAGGCAAAGCGCUUUGAAUCACUCAUGGGUAAAAAUUCUUCAAGGGAAAUCAAACACAAGUUCAUCCCAAGUAUUCAAACACCUGAGCUGCCUUCAACCGAGAGAAAAGAUUAUCACUCUCUUCUAAACCACACAGCAACCAGAGAAAAUAGUAAAAACCCAAGGAAAAGUGGUAAUGACAUAAACACAAAUGAAGUUGUCCAAGCGAUGAAAGAACCCAAUGGAACCCAGCGGCAAUGUUACAAGAAUCCCUAUGACAUUAACAGAGGUGAACUUCUUGAUCAGCUCUCACGGAUGAGAAUCAAUUUCUUUCACAUGGCAACUACUUCCACCAUACUACAAGAGGAAGAUGCAAGGCACAGCAUUGCUAUUUCCGAGAUGGGAAAUUAUGGUAAAGUCCUUCGUCAGGGAAACCAGUUACGAGAAGUUGACCCAGGGCAAAACAGAGCACAUAUGUUUGGUAAUCCAUACAAGUUGGCCAAGGACCAGCGUGUGAUGGUCGAUGAAGCUGAUGUUAACGAGGCUGCAAAAAGAAAACGACCAGACACUCCACCAGUAAAAUGGCCGACGUCCAUACACCACGACGCCCCAAGUCCUGUCCACCAUCAUUACCAAGAACAACAAGAAACACUUACCGACAAACCCAUCAUAAAUAAAGAAAACAAAGACAUGUUAACAAAUGACAUUAAACCUAACAAUAUCACUCCACACCAAAGAAAAAGAAAACCAUCGGAGGAUAUAUCCGAAGGUGGAGCCAAACCAGCAAAAGCUGCUAAACAUCACAUACACCCACAGCUAAAGAAACUUCAACGGCUUCAUCAAAUAAAAGGACAGUUACCGAAAAAGGGACAAGUCUUGAGCAACUCGACAGACUUAGGAAAGAAUUCUUGUUUGAAUAAUGUGGACAGAAAGCAGGAUGUUUCAGAUAUUUCAUCAAUUUUAAGAACUGCUUUGUCUUCUAAAGAUAAAGGUGACGAAAAGGAACCCUUGCAAGUGACUAAUAAUAUUGAUGGAUUAUUACAAAUGGACAAUAGAACUAGUCAAAAUAGUACUCCUAGUUCGUCUCCUAGUCUGGUAUCACAGCGACAGCUUAUGCGAGAAGCGCAUGAAGAAAACACACAGAUUAGGACAGCGAUAUUUAAAGAACUGAGAAAACAUGAAAAAGUCAAUGAUGAGGUACUUGCACAACUAGGGAACCUCAAAGGUCCAGUGGAAUUACAAUGCUCAUACCUCAAUGAAAUAAUUGAGGAAUCUUUGCUUUUUAAAAAGAAAAUACUAGUCACCAAACUGACAACUUUACUCAAAAAGCUUCAAGCUGGGAUGUCACCAAACAACUGCACAGAUGUAUUGCAAUCAAGAUGACAAAAAAAAUGACACAUUCAACGUGAUAGAAUUUGUAAUAGAAUGAUUUGUAUUUUGACCACUGCGUGGCAGGAAUAGUUUUCACCUCAAUGUACAAAUAUAAAUAUGUACAUAAAUAUUUCUAUUACAAAGAUAUUGAUAAAGUGUACAUGUGUAAAGAGAUUUGUAAGAAAAAGUUUAAGUUGAAUAAUUGUAUAUUGCUGUUCUCAUGCGAGAAAGUGUUUUACAGAAACAUUUUGUGGUAAAAGUUCAAGACAAUUUUGUCUUUUCAAGGAAAACAUUGAAAAUAAAUCUUGAAUUUCCUAUAAACCUUUUUUGCUCAUUAUAAUUCCCACCAGGCCAUAACUAACCCUUCAGGUCUUCUUAAAGGCUAGUUUAGACGGUAGGAUUUUCACCUACAACUAUCGUAUACAACACACUCGCAUCUGUCGUGACGAGUUGUAGGCUUGAUU